CCCUCCGACCUUCCCCGGCGGUCCUCCGAAUCCUAGAUUCCCCCAACGUCUGCGCGGGGCCUGAGUGAGAAGUUCCGGAGCCCGGACGCGGGCGGGGUCCCGGUGUUGACGCCCCAGCUUGCUCCGCCUUGCACCUGGAGCUUCUACUGCUCCUUGGUGUGCAGGUUUGCUUCACAGGGUCGGCGGGCGGCGCUGCAGGGAAGAGGAGGCCUGGUCAAUCCUGCCGGCCCCGCGUCUGAGGCAGCUCUCGGCCUUGGGAAACUGGCUUCCCAGACAGAAGAUAAGAAUAUCAGAUGGCAUCUGGGGAUUUCUGCUCACCUGGAGAGGGGAUGGAAAUACUCCAACAAGUAUGCAGCAAACAGCUUCCUCCUUGUAACCUGAGUGAAGAGGACUUGUUACAGAACCCACACUUCAGCAAACUGCUGUUGAGUCUCUCACAACAUGUGGACGAGAGUGGUUUAAGUCUCUCCCUGGCAAAGGAGCAGGCUCAGGCAUGGAAGGAAGUUCGACUGCAUAAGACAACAUGGCUGAGAUCUGAGAUUUUACAUAGAGUAAUUCAAGAGCUGCUUGUGGACUACUACGUGAAGAUACAAGAUGCAAAUUUAACUUCUGAGGACAAAAAGUUUCAUGAGACCCUUGAACAGCGGCUACUGGUGACUGAACUAGCACAGCUCUUAGGUCCUAGCCAGGAGAGGGAGACUCAUCCACUGCUGGGACUGGAGAAAGCAGACCUCCUGGAGCUCAUGCCACCCUCAGAGGAUUUUGUGUGGAUGAGAGCCCGGCUCCUACUUGAAGUGGAAGAGCAGCUCAAGAAGAAAUGUUUCACUCUGCUUUGCUACCACGAUCCCAAUUCAGAUUCAGACAGUGAAACCCUGAAGGCAGCAAAGGUAUGGAAACUGGCAGAGGUCCUGGUGAGUGAGAAGCAGCAGUGCCAGGAUGCCAAGAGUCAGCACAAGGAGCAGAUGGUGCUGCUAGAGAAGAAGAGUGCCACCUACUCCCAGGUGCUCCUCCGCUGCCUCGCCUUACUUCAGAGACUUCUUCAAGAACACCGGCUGAGGACUCAGUCUGAGCUAGACCGCAUCAAUGCCCAGUACUUGGAGAUUAAGUGCGGUGCUAUGAUCCUUAAGCUGAGGAUGGAGGAGCUAAAGAUUCUGUCUGACACUUACACUGCUGAGAAAGUGGAAGUUCAUCGUCUCAUUAGGGACCGUUUGGAGGCAGCCAUUCAUCUACAAGAACAGGACAUGGAGAAGUCCCGACAGGUCCUAAACACCUAUGAAGUCCUUGGGGAAGAGUUUGACAGGCUGGUGAAAGAGUACACCCAACUCAAGCAGGCAACUGAGAACAAGCGCUGGGCACUCCAGGAGUUCAGCAAGGCCUACUGCUGAACGUGGCUGUCCAGGAGGCAUGGCUUGUGCACUGGUGCUGCCUCCUCCUCUUCCUGCUAAAAGGAGCACCUCCGUCUGGGGCCAUCUUCACUCUAGGGCAUGCGAGUCACUUGCUGGAAACAAUGCAGUCAUUUGGACACCUUUCUGGUUCCUCUUCCUGUUUACAAUGACUGAAUCUCUUCUGCAAAAUGUAGCUGAUUUAUAUAA